AUGCUUGAUUCUAUUUUCAUGACUUUACAUGAUGAAAAACUGGAAAUGCAGGAGCAUGCGGUAGCCUUACUUGGAAAACUGGGCAGUUUAAAUCCUGCAUAUGUUUUGCCGAGCUUACGUAAUGUCCUGUUAGAGACGCUUACCCAAUUGACGAACAGCGGUGUACCCAGACUCGAAGAACAUAGUGCUCGUGUAAUUGCACAGGUGGCUAAGCAGUCUCCAAAAUUUGCAAAACCGUAUAUGAAUCCAAUACUGACAGCUUUAGUACCAAAAUUAAGCUCCGAAAUCAGUCAUGUGGAUGUGACCGUGCAGGUAUUGAAUGCCAUAAGUGAAUUGGCGGUUGCAGGUGGUGCUGAUUUGGUAUUUUCAGUAGAAACGCUGUUCCCCUCGUUAGUGCAGUUUUUGCAAGACUCGAGCAGUUUAAGUCGCAGAGAAGCUGCUUUGCGUACGAUGGGACAGCUUUGCCAGAAUACUGCAUAUGUUGUUGAUCCAUAUAAGGAGCAUCCUGAAUUGCUUGAUGUGCUACUGAAAUUGUUACGAACGGAAAUGAGUGUUUCAAUGCGUCGAAUGACUAUGCGGGUCUUGGGUAUUAUUGGGGCCUUAGAUCCAUAUACACAUAAAGUUUUCACUGGCAAAGUUUCGUCUCAAAAGUCAAAUUCGUUAGCUCUUUCGUUGCCGGCCACAUCACCAUCUUCGGAUUUGCGGAACGAUACCAUCCAAUGGUUUCACUAUGAAAAAUGCACACUGGGAGAACUCUAUCCCGCAUUUUCCAUAGCAAGUUUAAUGCAGAUGCUGAAAGAUGAUGCACUAAGCCAUUUGCAUCGUGAUAUCAUCCAGGCACUACUGACUAUAUUCGGCAGUCUUGGUUCAAGUUGUGCUCUCUACGUUAGCAAGGUUACGCAAGUUAUACCUCGUCUUAUUGAAGUAAUCCAAACAACUACUCGACCUGAUUUGAAGCAGUUUUAUUUGCAACAGCUGGCUAAUUUUAUAGCAAUAGUCGGCUGUAGUAUGAAACCGUUCAUGUCGAAAUUGUUUAGCCUGAUCAGAGAAGCAUGGUCAGAAGAUGUAUGCAUGCGACUUACUAUUGUUAAUGUCAUGCAGCAAAUUGGCGCAGCAUUUGGUGCAUCAUUCGCACCAUAUAUUCCUGAAUUAUGCCCGUAUCUUCUGAGUAUUGUUCAAUCAGAUCGUACUAAAGAUCGAGCCAUUACUUGCGCUGUAUUCACAUGCGUUCAGUCAAUAUCAAUGUGCCUAGCACCACAUAUUCAUCUUGUUUUGCCACCCAUUUUGUUUGUUCUCGAUGACCGAGCUGUCAAGGUGGAAGUGCGACGGAUUGCUUUGGAUACAGUUCAUCAGAUGGCUGAAACUAUUUGUAUUCGUGACCAUGCACCAAGAAUAAUGCAAGUCUGGUUGCGGGUUAUUUCUGUUCAUGCACUACAGCAAAAGUUGCUGCUUUUAUUAGUGCUUAUUGUCCGACAGAUGUGGAGACAGUUUCUGGUUUUUCGUAAAAGUGUUGACUAUGCUCUAGCUCGGCAUGACUUGCAUUGCGAUGAAUAUUUAAAGCUUACUGUACAACUCGAUGAGGGAAGCGCUGCACCUCCUUCACAUUCUCCUACAGUGAAAAUCUCUUCCACUCAAGUAAAGCAGCUUAUUACAUCCUCCCGUCAUGAAAAAGGACAACGAAUUAAUUUUGAUGUUUUAAAAAGGACUUGGACUACUGCCCAACUUGUAUCCAAAGAGGACUGGGAUCAGUGGCUUGUUUUACUGCGGAUUCAGUUUAUUCGACAGAGUUCGUCUGCGGCUCUUCGUGCAUGUGCUCCUCUAGCCGACGUGCAUAUAUCGCUUGCAAAAGACCUGUUCAAUGCAGCAUUUAUGUCGGUUUGGACAGACCUGGACGAAAUGCAACAAAGAGACUUGGAAACGAACCUUAAAUAUGCCCUUGAUUUCAGUAACCAUACCGAUAUCACACAAACAAUAUUGAAUCUGGCGGAAUUUAUGGAUCAUUCGGAAAAAGGGCCUUUACCGGUAGGCAGUGAGAGGUUAUGUAAAUGUGCUGAACAGACACGAGCAUAUGCCAAAGCGUUACGGUAUACGGAAUUGAAUAUUCGCGAAAAAUUUAACAAAGAUCCAGAUCCGGAACACUGCCGCUCUCUCAUUGCGUAUGCAAACAAGUUGAAUCUCCAGGAAGAAGCUGCUGGAAUUGUGGCAUUCGCUCGGCAACAUAAUAUGGAAAUAGGAAGGCAGGGACGUUGGUAUGAGAAGUUGAAUGAAUGGGAGAAGGCACUGGAGAUAUAUAACAAGGAAACAUUCAUUACUGAUGAGCUAUAUGAACAUCAGAUGCGAUGCUUAGAGGCAUUAGGACAGUGGGGUGAAUUAAAUGACCUGGGGAAAAAGGCGUUCGCCGAAGUCGGCACAACAACAAGUGCAACUAGGAGGCAAAAUAUGGCAAUAACUGCAGCACGAGGUAGUUGGGCAAUCGAAGACUGGGAAACAAUGGAUUAUUAUGUCAGGCAGAUCAAUGAAAAUAAUCAGGACGGAUCCUUCCUUCGAGCCGUGCUGGCUAUUCGAAAUGAGCAGUAUCAUGUUGCAAUGGCCUACAUUGAAAAGGUACGUGACAUGUGCGACACAGAAUUGACAGCAAUGGCAUCAGAAAGUUAUGAAAGAGCUUAUGGUGCAAUGACUCUUAUACAACAACUAACUGAACUGGAGGAGGCCAUUGAAUACAAAAUGUGGCCCGAUCGAAGGAUUCGAAUUGCUGUUGUUUGGAGUCGGCGCUUGCAAGGAUGCCGACCAAAUAUUGAACAGUGGCAGAGGCUGUUGCUGGUAAAAUCAUUAGUGCUUUCACGAAACGAGAUGCGCCCAUUGUGGAUUAAAUUUUCAUCACUUUGUCGACAGUACGGAAAGUUAUCAAUGUCACGUAGAGUUUUGGCAGAUUUAUUAGGAUUAAAACGAAGUGAAGAACUACACGAAAUAACAAAUUUACCAAUGGAUAAGCCUUCAUUGGUGUUGGCAAUUUGUAAACAAUAUUGGGCAGAAAACCUGACUGAACUAGCUUGCAAUACACUGGGAAAACUGAUCGAUCAAUUUGAAACCGAAAAGAGGGAAAUCAAGAAAAAUUCGGAGAUGUGCCGGUUGGUGGCAAAAUGUUGCCUAAAACUUGGUGACUGGUACGAUACCUUGCCGCAGCCAACCAAAGACGUUCAAGCCGUGAACACGAAUGUGCAGCGACCUUUAUCACCUGUUAGUAUCUCUCAACAAUCCCCGACCAAUCCAUCCAUUAUAAUUAAUGUCCCACCAUUACUUCUAGCCAGUAGUCAUGUCCAAAUCCCUUCGCCACCAGUAUUUUCACCAGGUUCACAUGUGCUGCAGCCGUUACAGCCCAGUCCACCACAACCCAGUUUAACGCAAACAAUGAAAUUCUAUGAAAAUGCUACAGAUUAUGAUCCAACGUGGUAUAAAGCUUGGCAUAAACUUGCAUCCGCUUACUUCAAUGCCGCUAUGUAUCAGACACAAAAUUCGUUUUCGCCAGCACCACCACCACCACCUUUUAUCGGUGCGAUGCCAAGUUCUCCCAACUACGGCCCCUUCGGAAGCGUCAUAGAUCGAGAUACUUCAUCAAAUAUUCUGAUACCAGAACUGUAUCCACAACCACCGCCUUCUGCUGCAGUGAUUGCAAAUCCACCCUCUCCGGCACCUAAUCAGGCGAUGAUCUUUCUUGCAAAACAGGCCUGGCAGUCUGUGACUGCGCAAAAGCUGAAUCGUUUGCUUCGCGGUUCUGGAUGGAUAUCAUCCACCUUUGGAGCAACAUAUGGUAGCUAUGCCAGAUUUGAUGACGAAAUUAAGACAAUUUUUGAUCCCAGUAGAUCACGAUUAGAAGAUACACUUCGAUUUUUGACCUUAUGGUUUAAACACGGUGAUCAAAUGGAAGUUUUCGAAACUAUCAAAGAAUCACUGAAAUUGUUGCCUGUUGAAAUGUGGCUCGAGGUUAUCCCACAAUUGAUGGCACGUUUAGAUUCGAAGCAAAAUGUUGCUCAAUUGAUCAAAGAAGUUGUCAUCGACUUGUCGAAAGUUCACCCGCAGUCUUUGGUUUACGCCCUUACAGUAGCUGCGAAAUCGGCAAACUUACGGCGUUCAGCGGUUGCAACAGAGAUAUUGACGAUUAUGAGUGAAAGUCAACCAACACUUGUUGAGCAAGCAAAGCUUGUCAGUGACGAACUGAUUCGUUGCGCCAUACUUUGGCAUGAACAGUGGCAUGAAGCACUCGACGAUGCGUCGAGGCUUUAUUUUCAGGAUAAGAAUGUAAAAGCCAUGUUCGAGUUGUUGGAUCCAUUACACGACAUGAUUGAUCGUGGUGCCACUACUCUGAAAGAACAAUCUUUUAAACAAACAUAUGAGAAUGAACUGAAGGAGGCUUGGAAUGCUUGUCGUUGCUAUUUACGUUCACAAAACGCCAAAGAACUGAAUCAGGCAUGGGAUCUUUACUACAUUGUAUUCAGGAAGAUCUCAAGUCAGCUUCGUCAGCUUACAUCGUUGGAUCUCAAUUAUGUUUCGCCUAGGCUGGUGAAAGCUAGAGAUCUGGAGUUAGCAGUUCCUGGAACGUAUGAUCCACGUGCUCCACUAGUUACUAUAUCGUCGAUACAUAACACUUUGCAAGUGAUUAACUCAAAACAGCGACCGAGAAAAGUAGUUAUGAAAGGAAGUGAUGGGAAGGAUUACAUUUUCCUCCUGAAAGGUCACGAGGAUCCUCGGCAAGAUGAGAGAGUAAUGCAGCUGUUUGGUUUGGUCAAUACUCUGCUCUUGCAUCAAGGUGACACAUCUCGCCGAAAUCUGACAAUUCAGCGCUAUUCAAUUAUUGCAUUGAAUCAAAAUAGCGGUUUGAUUGGUUGGGUUCCAAACUGUGACACUUUGCAUUCGCUUAUUCGUGAUUAUCGGGAAAAGAAAGGGAUUCUCUUAUCAAUGGAGCAUAAAAUUAUGCAAAAUUUCGCUCAUGAUUUAGAUCAGAUGACACUGUUGCAGAAAGUUCAGGUAUUCCAACACGCACUUGAAUUAACGAGCGGAAAUGAUUUGCAGCAAAUUUUAUGGCUUAAAUCUCCAAAUUCGGAAAUUUGGUUUGAUCGUCGUACCAAUUACACUCGCUCAAUGGCAUGUAUGUCAAUGGUGGGCUAUAUUUUAGGACUUGGAGACCGACAUCCGUCAAAUCUGAUGCUUGACCGCGUUAGUGGUAAAAUUGUUCAUAUUGAUUUCGGAGAUUGCUUCGAGGUUGCAAUGACCAGAGAAAAGUUUCCGGAAAAAAUUCCAUUCCGAUUAACAAGGAUGCUCAUUCAGGCAAUGGAAGCUACAGGAAUUGAGGGUAAUUACCGGAUAACUUGUGAACGUGUUUUGCGGGUGCUUCGUUCAAAUAAGGAAAGCCUUCUCGCUGUACUUGAAGCGUUUGUAUAUGAUCCUCUUAUCAACUGGAGAUUUUUACUAGCUGGUGGAAGACGACCACCACCCGAAACGCUGCAGAAGGAUGGUCAGACUGAUUCUAAAGCUGAAUCAUCACUAAAGCGUAUCAAGCAAAAAUUAGCAGGUCGUGACUUCAAUCCAGAUGUGGAAUUCAGUGUACCUGAACAGGUUGGUCGACUCAUUGAUCAAGCAACUCUGGCGGAAAAUUUAUGUCAGUGCUACAUUGGCUGGUGUCCAUUUUGGUAA